UUGCCACUCAAUGCGCCCUUCAAGUACAACGCCGACACUUCUGAGCCGGGAAAGAGCAACUUUGGUGUCGUCAUUCAAUGGUACUUCAUGGGCAAAAUUAAGCACAAAGUGGAUUAUGACUAUAUCAAGUAUUGUCCGCGACUCUACAACGCACUGAAAAAAAUCGAUGCGGAGAAGCGUGCUGAGAAAACAGUUGAAAUACUGGGACCCGAAGAACCUAGGGGUGCUGAAUAUCAACGUUCGGGUCACCGCGGCCAUCCUGGUAUAGGGGCAGGAAUAACUAGUCGGCUCAUCACCCCGGUGAAAAGUCCAGCGGAAAGCCUAUUAGUCAACAUCAGCAACGAUGAGCAUUCUGAUCUGGACAAGCUGCACACUUACUUGGAUUCGUAUGGCGCGCUUUACUUGUUGAAAAACCUACCCGACCCGGACGAGGUUCAAUUUUUGAAUCAGAGCUUCCUUGUCGAUGCCCAGCCGAGGAAGCUCCUUAUUGGCCACCAUAAAGAGCGAGACAAUGAAAUCUAUGCGUAUAUGCGAAAGUCACGCAAAUUCCACGAGAUCAAAUUCUAUAUCGAAGAUCUGCGCGCAUCUUCGAAAACAGCCAUCCGCUCUGAAGACGUUGCUAAACAGCGCAUCCUACACCCAUUUGACAAAACCUAUCCAAAAGGUACUCACAGCAUCGGCCAAGAUGAGAAAGCCCGACUCACACUUAUGGUAAAGUGGUACUUCAUUGCGGCCGGGAUAGCAAAGGACUGUGUGCUCAGAGAAACGAAGGCUUAUCCUGAGCGCUUGCGAAACGCGCUUGAAUACAUUGCUAAACGUAUGGGGGCUGCUUCAAUCAGACCACCCGUCGUUGGGUACGAGCGGCAAACUGAGCCCGAAACUACAUCAGAAGAGGCGAACCCAGUCAUCGAUAAAAGUCAUGUCCAACUCUGUCCCGCCGAAGUUACACCCAAUCUCUCGUCAUCGCGCAUCCAAACCAAUUCCGAUUCUCCACGUCCGUCAACUACUCACGUAGAGCAACUGGAUAAAUCUUCCAAUACCGUCGACGACCCAGAAGUGAGAGGCAGAAAACGCACCGCCGAGGAUGCAGAGUUCGAAGACCUCGCCGAGAUAGUCUCUCAAGUACUUACUGUGGAUCGGGACCUCACAAACCAAAUAAACGACAUCGACAAGCAGAUUGAGCUACUUCAGACGCAACGCAGGGACUUAGUAGAGGAGAGAAAGGAUGUGAAGAGAAGGUUCAGGAGGCAGACUUUGGCGAUUGCGUCGAGGACGGAUGGAUGA